AUGGCUUUGGAUGACCGUAAUGAUCCUUGGAUAUGUAAAGUUUUUCCUACCAGUUUGACAGGAGCUGCACUAGAGUGGUUCAGGAAUAGGCUACAUAAGUCCAUCCUGGAUUACGUAACUCUGUGCACCAUGUUCCUAGUACAAUACUGCAGAAAUAAGAAGCAAAAGAAGAGUAUUGCUAGCCUCUUCACCGUAAGGCAAAAGAAAGAGGAAACACUGCAGGAUUUCAAAUCUAGAUUCAACAUGGAAGCCUCAGAAAUAACAGAUUGUCAUCCCGUGACUGUUAUAGAAACAUUCAAACUUGCAAUGAUUCAGGGGACGAAGUUUCAUACUUCCUUGGUCAACUAUUCUCCUCCUGACAUGCAGACUCUCAAUGUCAGGGCCCAGAUCUACAUCUGGCUGGAGGAAAAUGUAGCCCACCGAGCGCAGCACACAACCCUUGUGACAGUGGAGAACAAGCCUCGGGAGAGAAUUCCAAAUUCAAAAAUCCAGAAGAGCCAGCGCGCCUUAACGCCGAUCACCCAGGCACUUGAGAAGAGGCAAAUGAUAGAGGAAGGGUUUACACCUCUCCGAACUACCUUGGCUCGGCUCUUCCAAGAGAAUAAGAUGAGGUUCACAGCCCCGCAGCCAAUGAAACAAUCCUUGGAGCAGAGGGAUAAAACCAAGCAUUGCGCUUACCAUCGAGAUUAUGGAUCUGAAGAUGAUCAAGAGUCUGAGGAGGUAUAUAGAUCCAGAUUGAGGGCAGCCCAUAAGCUCAGGAAGUUAUCCUCGGUCAAUGCUAUCGCUUCGGGUAGCAUCAGUAUUGGAUUCGGCGAUGGCAAUUUAUCCAGAGUUCAACUUCCCCACGAGGAUCCAUUAGUCAUCAGUCUCUUAGUGGCGAAUUGCAUGAUCAAGAGGGUUUUAAUAGACCCAGGGAGUAGUGCCAACAUCAUCACAAAUGCGGUCUUUGAGCAGUUAGAGAUCCCGUCAUCAUCAAUUCGACCUACCUCUAGCCCAUUGAUGGGGUUCGAUGGCACAAGAGUAGAUCCCCUUAGGGUAAUAGACUUAUCCGUAACUGCGGCGAAAAUGACUCUGAAGGAGAACUUUGUCUUAACAGAGAUCCACAAUUCCUAUAAUCUCAUCAUGGGAAGAGGCUGA